GUCGUGCAAUUGGAAAGCAACCCUUACUAUCGUUGUAACGUAAAAAGCACUAAAUUUUUCUAGUUAGACAGUUGCUCAUUCUGCUGCUAGAAAGAAAACCACCAGUCGGUGAAAUUUCCUUUCCACUACAUCAUGGCGGACGCAAAGAGCGAAAAGAAAGCCCCCGUCAAGAAGGUCAGGAAGGAGCCUAAAGAUGCCUCUAAAAAUGUUAUGCGGGAAGUCCGUAUUCGUAAACUCUGCCUCAACAUUUGUGUUGGAGAGUCAGGUGAUAGGCUCACUCGUGCUGCUAAGGUGUUGGAACAAUUGACUGGACAGCAGCCAGUGUUCUCAAAGGCUCGUUACACUGUGCGUUCUUUUGGAAUCCGUCGUAAUGAAAAGAUCGCCGUUCAUUGCACUGUACGUGGUGCCAAAGCUGAGGAAAUUCUGGAGCGUGGCUUGAAGGUGCGUGAAUACGAAUUGCGCAAAGAGAACUUCUCAGGCACUGGAAACUUCGGUUUUGGUAUCCAGGAACACAUUGAUUUAGGUAUCAAAUACGAUCCUAGCAUUGGUAUCUAUGGGUUGGACUUCUAUGUAGUACUUGGUCGUCCAGGUUUUAACGUAGCACAUAGGAGAAGGAAGACAGGUAAGGUUGGCUUCCAGCACAGGCUUACCAAAGAAGAUGCCAUGAAGUGGUUCCAACAGAAGUACGAUGGUAUCAUCUUGGCUGGCAAGAAGUAAGAUACACAACAACCUGUAUAUUACUUUUGACAUAUAUAAAUAAAAAGACCAAAAAAAUCACAAA